CUUUCACUCAAACUCACACAUUAAAACUUUUCAAAAAGGACAAAACAUCAAUGGAGAUUGCAACAAAACAAGGAGAUUCAAGAACCCCAUCUUCCACUACUUCAUCAUCAGCUUCAUCUUUACAUCAACACAUCAUAACUAGAUCUGAUCAUUACCCGACAACUUUUGUUCAGGCAGACACUUCUUCUUUCAAACAAGUCGUCCAGAUGCUCACAGGCACCUCCUCUCCAAGAUCCCCAGACUCGCCGCGUCCUCCGGUGUCUCCUUCCGGCAAAAGUAACUUCGUGAUUCCACCGAUCAAAACAACACAACCGAAGAAACAUUCAGGUAACAAACUCUACGAGAGAAGAUCUCACAGCAACAGCCUCAAGAACAGUCUCAUGAUCAAUACACUCAUGAUCGGUGGUGGAAACGGUGUUGGAAGCCCUAGAAACCAGGAGAUUUUGUCGCCUAGCUGUCUUGACUUCCCGAAGCUGGCACUGAACAGUCCUGUCACGACCCUGAAAAACGGUGGCGACGGACACGACAGCGAUAUGUCGCCAUUGUCGGAGGAAGAGAGAGCGAUUUCUGAAAAGGGUUAUUACUUGCAUCGGUCGCCGAUUACUACGCCGAGAGAGUCGGAGCCGCAGCUUCUGCCGUUGUUUCCGGUGACUUCUCCGAGAGUAUCAGCGUCGCCGGAGGAUUAAAGUUCUUGGAGGAGAGAAUGUUAAUAAGUUUUACUGCCAUUGUAAUUUUCGUUUUUUUAACUCUACUUUUUAAUCCUUGCUUCGUUUUACUGUGUUACGAAGAAUGUGUCAAUUCAAAAUUUAUAUAGUAUAAAAUAAAAUGAAGAAUAUGAGGGAAGUCAAA